AUUUCUUAGCGUUCCAUUCUUAGUUCUAAGUUCUUAGGUUUAGUCUUAGUUCUUAGGACUGGUGCGUAAAUCCACCAAUACUGUUCAGUCAAUAUUAUAGAAGAGUCGACACAAAACCGACAAGAUGCCUUGCGUUCCACGUCACAGGGAAAAAAAUUGGUUCUUCGGUGUCGGAGUGUCCGUCGAUGGAGUGGUCAACUGUAUAGCGAACGUAUAUGUGCGUCACGAAGUGAAAAGGCCCGUGCCAGUUGGGCCACUCGGUAUCACUGUUAUCGCUCCAAGUUUACCGGCGGAUCUGUUUUUUCCCAGAUGGAAAUUGAGGGUGGAAAGGUACUCGGAGGAGUUGCUAGAUACUGUAGUCAUGCAACAUAGAAUAGGCCCGGAAACGAGUGAAACUAAGCAAGAGGUCCGAUUCGUAUUUCCUUCCAUUGCUGCGAAAAAUUUAUUCUACGAAUUGGUCAAGUACAGUUGAAUCGAGUGGAAUAUGGAGGUUCUUCAAAUGUUCGAGAUGCCAAUUUUGUAUAAAUAUAUAUAUUUAAUGUUUUAGAUAGAAGUUUUUUUUG